CGCCCGUGUUACUGAUGGUAGUCGUCUGAGAGUACUUGGGUCUUUCCUAACUUUGUCUCUUGCUCCUCUUUAGUCAGGCACUCUCUGCUCAGUGACAUAGCUCUGGUCCUGCUCUUCACACCUAGCAUCCAAUGCCCCUCCUCCGGUAAACACAAAUAUUACUACGUUUCCACAGCCUGUCAUCAUUUGCCUUCCCAGAUUGGGUCUUCACCUCAGCUGUUCAGUCCUAGCAUUCCUCCUCAGAAGGAGGCCAUAAGCAGCUCUUGCCCUGGUACAGUUUGCAGAUGGCGAUUCUGCUGGCUCAGAAGCUGAAUGAUAAAGGAGAAGCUUAUGGUUUAAGCCCCACAUGUUAGGCUGCCUGCGUUCAUGCUGCCCGUUGAAGAAGGAAGCGUUUUCCGUUCCGUUGGAUGGCUGUGCAAAAGCUUGUGAAGGUCCUCCUCCUAGGAGGAUUAGAGAAACCCCUACUGAAACAUGGAACAAACCUCCCUACCCACACGGCACUAAAGCAACGUACAGAUGUCGGCCUGGAUAUAUAAAAGUUGGACGAAUUACGUUUGAGUGUAAUGAUGGUACAUGGAUACAGCAGUUAACAGGGGCAGAAUGCAAAAAUAAGCCAUGUGGACAUCCUGGAGAUAUUGAGUUCGGUUCCUUUCAACUUACCAAUGGAAGUGAAUUUGUAUUUGGUGCCAGAGUUGAAUACAGAUGUGACGAUGGGUACUGGAUGCUCAGCCAAAAAAACUACCGUGAGUGUCUGGCUGAUGGAUGGAGCAAUGACGUCCCUCACUGUGAAGUGGCAAAGUGUCUACCUUUAGAAGCACCAGAAAAUGGAAGAAUAAUUACAGCUGGUGCCUUUGAGCUAAACCGAGAAUAUUCCUUUGGCCAAGUUGUAAAUUUUGAAUGUAACGCAGAAUACAAGCUUGUUGGAAAUAAAGAAUUGAUUUGCUCUUCAAAUGGAAAAUGGAGUAGUGAUGUGCCUCAGUGCCAAGACGUUCUCUGUAACGCGCCAGAAAUCCCAAAUGGAUAUUUACGUUCUCCAAAGCAAACUUACAAGAAAUUUGAAAAGCUGCAGUUUGCCUGCAAUGAAGGAUACAAACAGGGUGAAAGAGCAGAUGUACGAUGCACUGAGUCGGGAUGGAAUCCAACCCCACAUUGUGUUGAGAAAAAAUGUGAAUACCUACUUAUAGAAAAUGGUCGGUUAGACAUGCCGGUGAAGAACCGUCCAAAAACGGUUGGGCAGAACGUUUAUUACUACUGCUCAAGUGGUUAUGUAACCUCAAGUGGAAACUCAUGGGAGCAAUUGGUCUGUUCUGUAGAUGGCUGGUCUCCAGUGCCAAAAUGCUUCAAGCAAUGUCAAGUCACAUAUAUUCCAAAUGGCAAGUUCACACCUAGCCAGCAUGUGUACAAGGAAGGUGAAAGUAUUACAUAUGUCUGCGACGCUGGAUAUUCUGCUGCAUAUGCAAAGAGGGAGGUCAUCUGCACAAAGAAUGACUGGUCACCUCAGCCAAAGUGUAUCCGUAAAAGAGGAUGCCAGAAGACAAAUAUUGGCAAUGGUGACUUCAUCGGGAGCAAGCGAACGGCUAAUUUGCAGGAGAUGGCCACUUACCGUUGUCAUGCUGGCUUUGUAACUCCAGAAGGAAAAGAAACUGGAGCGACACGGUGCCAAGAGAAUGGCUGGAGUCCGCGUCCAGAGUGCAUCAAAGCAUGUAAAGCACCUUCUUGGGAUAUUUUGAAUUACCCUGCAAAUAAAACCAUGUUUGUCCCUGGUGAUACAAUUCAGUAUGCGUGUUCAGACGGAUUUGUAACAGAACAUAAAAUGCCAACUGGUACUUCAAGGUGUGGCAUAAAGGGUGAAUGGAACCCAAAGCCUCAGUGUCUCGAAAUAAAAUGUGAAACGCCACCAUUUACCGAUGGAGAUGUUUCUCCCUGGUGGAAUAACUAUGACAAUGGACAUGUUGUGACAUUUACCUGUAGAAGCAAUUACAAAAGAUUGGGACCUGCCUUUAGUCAGUGCUAUUACUUUGGAUGGUUUCCACGACCACCAUUGUGUAAAGAGAAUCCCAAGGAUUGUGGACCUCCACCUGAGAUUGCUAAUGGAACUGUUACUAAAGACGUUGUGGGAAGGUAUCAGCACGGUGACAGAAUGCAGUAUGAAUGCGGCAUUGAAUUCAAAUUGGUUGGACCGAAGGAAAUAGAAUGCAUUGAUGGACAGUGGUCAUCUCCUCCCUCUUGCAUUGAAGUCAAAACGCCAUGUGGAUCACCUUCUUCUAUUCCCAAUGUUCGUUGUCAGCAAAAACAACCCCCGUUUUCCCAUGGAGAUGAAGUAAUUUGCACAUGUAAACAAAGCCCUCUCAACUCUGCUGCAAAGAAGCUGAGAUGUCUUAAUGGAGAAUGGAAGCCUUUCCUUCACUGUCCUGAUCCACAGCCUCAGUGUGCACGUCCAAAGGAUGUUGAGAUUAUGGGCGAAAAUUAUAGUUCCAAUCAGAGAACUCGGAUGCCUGCAGUUAUACAGUAUAGAUGUCCAUCAGCUGAGAGUACUAAAUUGGCAACUUGUGUGUCUGGAAAGUGGUUACCAGAGAUUGAAUGUGCAGAUCUUUUUUCAGCUGAGACGACUAUGUGCCCUCCUCCACCCCAAGUGCCUGAUGCCCAAGAGAUAACAACGGGAAGAAAUUACAAGAAUGGGAGUAAAAUAUCUUUUUCAUGUCGGGAGGGUUUCCAGCUCAUCGGUGCAAGUGAGAUAACAUGUAUAGAAGGGAAAUGGCAAUCACCACCUUACUGUGUGGCAAGAUCGUGUGUGCCACCAAAACCUCCAGAAUGUGCUGCUGUUCCCAGCCUGGAAACUCCACACUUGAAAAUUACAACAAAAAAUGGAGAAACAAUCUAUCUGUCUGGGGCGAGAUUAAAGUAUGUUCCUCGCCCAGGAUACAAGCUCAAUGGAACACAAGUGAUAACUUGCUCUGCAGGAAACUGGACUCCAGCUCCUGCAUGCUUGGAACUGCCAUGUGGAAGUAUUCCAAGGGUUGCCAAUGCUCAGCCUGAAGGCAGGCACAAAGAAAGUUAUGAGCCUGGAGAAACAAUUCACUACCACUGUGGGGCAGGCUUCCAGAUCAUUGGUUCUCCUGAAAUUUUUUGCAGAGAAGGAAACUGGACAGAACCACCCUCCUGUGAAGAUAACAGUUGUGGAGCUGCACCUGAAAUUCCCCAUGCUUACAUUACAAGCACUCAUCAGGAGCGGUACAGACCUGGUGCCAGAGUGCAGUAUGAAUGUGGAAGCGAUUUUCAAAUGAUGGGUGAAAAUUAUAUUGUUUGUACAAAUGGUGAAUGGUCAAACCCACCAACUUGCACAGAUAUGACAUGUGGAUCUCCUCCAGAAAUUGCUGGUGGUCGAGUCCAAGGUGCCAAAAAGGCAAGGUACUUGCCUGGGGAGACAGCUCGCUAUCAGUGCUGGCAAGGUGCAGAGAUGACAGGGGCUGCCACUGUAGCGUGUGACAACGGGACCUGGACAGAGCUGCCGAAGUGCAAAGGGAUAAAGGGGAAAUGUGGCCCCCCACCAGUUAUUGAAAAUGGAGACAUUCUGUCCUUUCCCAGGAAAGAAUAUCCAGAUGGAGCAACUCUGACCUACAGAUGUCUACAUUUAUAUGUAAUGGAAGGAUCUGAGACUAUCACCUGUAAUAAUGGCCAGUGGAUGAACCCUCCAGUUUGCCUAGCGGCGUGUACAGCAUCUGAAGAAGACAUGAACACAAACAAUAUUGAGCUGAAGUGGGUCUUCCUCAGAAAGCUGUAUACUCUAUCGGGUGACUUUAUGGAAUUUCAGUGUAAAAUAGGAUAUAUGGAGGACCCAGCAUCGUCCCCAUUUAGAGCACAGUGUGUGCAGGGGACAAUACAAUACCCUCGGUGCAAGCCAACAAAUAUGACAUGUGGGCCUCCUCCAGAAAUUGCUGGUGGUCGAGUCCAAGGUGCCAAAAAGGCAAGGUACUUGCCUGGGGAGACAGCUCGCUAUCAGUGCUGGCAAGGUGCAGAGAUGACAGGGGCUGCCACUGUAGCGUGUGACAACGGGACCUGGACAGAGCUGCCAAAGUGCAAAGGGAUAAAGGGGAAAUGUGGCCCCCCACCAGUUAUUGAAAAUGGAGACAUUCUGUCCUUUCCCAAGAAAGAAUAUCCAGAUGGGGCAACUCUGACCUACAAAUGUCCACAUUUAUAUUUAAUGGAAGGAUCUGAGACUAUCACCUGUAAUAAUGGCCAGUGGAUGAACCCUCCAGUUUGCCUAGCGGCGUGUACAGCAUCUGAAGAAGACAUGAACACAAACAAUAUUGAGCUGAAGUGGGUCUUCCUCAGAAAGCUGUAUACUCUAUCGGGUGACUUUAUGGAAUUUCAGUGUAAAAUAGGAUAUAUGGAGGACCCAGCAUCGUCCCCAUUUAGAGCACAGUGUGUGCAGGGGACAAUACAAUACCCUCGGUGCAAGCCAACAAAUAUGACAUGUGGGCCUCCUCCAGAAAUUGCUGGUGGUCGAGUCCAAGGUACCAAAAAGGCAAGGUACUUGCCUGGGGAGACAGCUCGCUAUCAGUGCUGGCAAGGUGCAGAGAUGACAGGGGCUGCCACUGUAGCGUGUGACAACGGGACCUGGACAGAGCUGCCAAAGUGCAAAGAGGCAUGUACAGCAUCUGAAGAAGACAUGAACACAAACAAUAUUGAGCUGAGAUGGUCCCGCAGAAAAAGGCUGUAUUCAAAAUUGGGUGAUGUUAUUGAAUUUCAGUGUAAAAGAGGAUACACAGAGGACCCAGAAUCAUCCCCAUUUCAAGUACGGUGUGUGCAGGGGACACUACAAUACCCUCGUUGCAAGCCAGCAAAGGACUGUACAGUGGAUCCGAGCAUUAUGGCAAGAAAUCAUAUCAAAUUAGGGUAUUGGGCAAAAUCCACCUACCACCAUGGCGAAACCAUUGAAUUUCACUGCACCUGGAGGAAGCAGCAAGUUUCAUACCCUGAGCAAUUCAACGCAGUAUGCAAGAACGGAGCAGUGACAUACCCUGUCUGUGCAUGACCUUUGGAUAAAUGGCAACAGCACAAAGGAGCCCAGCUGUGCAAAUGGAAGAUCCUUCAAGUGACCCAGAGAUCUGAGCCCAGUUUUUCCUGGCAUUUCUCAUUUUGCUUUGCUUUGUUUGCAGCUCAGCCAGCGUUCUGGCCUUGAGUAUGUUACUGGGUUUCUCUUUGCUCUGGAUGACUAUGUUUCCACUGUCUCCACAUCUUCCCCAUUUCUGCCACUGUAUUUAGCUUUGUACAUGCCCUUACAUGUUACCCAGUGAAUAGCUGUGCUUGCACUGACCCAUUCGAUACUCAUCUCACUGUUACUUUGGUGAACCAUUGUGUCCAGAAAUAGGCUGCUUGUGGUGGCUUGCUGAGACAAGAAUUAAAACAUUCAUGUAAUUUGUUCAGCAGCAAGUAGGGUGUGUUUGGCCCUGCCUGCUCCGGCUUCUUCUCCAUGCACUCACCUGGGAACUGCCCUGGGCUCUGUGCAGAGCUGUGUCCCCUGCCUGCCUGAUCAGGAGGAGCAAGUGAAUGGAGUCUCCUUUAAAUAACUCAAGGAGAUCUUCAGAUCACAGACACGGUUCUUGUAGGGAACCUAAGGCUCCUUGAUGUUUGCUGGCAGGGCAAGAUGCUGGAAUGCAAGUAGUGGCAGCUAUCUGGCUGCAGGCAGAGAUGACUUCUUGGUACCAUUCCUGGAACGGGACCUGUUGCCUUGAGAGUUUAUAAGAGAGUGUCUUGAUGGUGUUUUCAUAGGGCCAGAACCUUCUUUACUGUUCUGGUGGCUGUUCCAGUGCAGGCAAAUGGUGUACACUGGCAUGCUGGAGCUAACACAUUUCCAGGUCAUGGAUGUGUUGCUGGUCAGGAAGUUGUUGCUGCCUCUCAUCCUGCUGUGCAGCUGAGGAGCAGUUCUUUUUCUUGCCAUUCACUGUUCUAAGGCCAUACAGUCAGCCCAAGUGACACUGUGCAGCACGGGGCAAAUCUCCUUGCCCUGCAGGUAUUGCUCUUGCUUCAGACUCUAAAUGACUGUCACUUGCAUUGCCGUGCUACUUGAUACAACUGCCAGAACUUCAAAGCAUCUCACAGAAAAGCUGUGUUCUAAAUGCAAGUCUGUGACAAAUGUCCAGUAUUAACACCUCUGGGAACCACUUUUGAAGGAACUAUGCACAUGCUUUAGAAAA